AAGUAUCGAGGUUUCAGAUGUUGUGUGGUGAAAAGGUUUACACUUACCAUGCUUUGGAAGCACUAGAAAGGCCAUGAGUGUUUACACAGAGGGUUAAAUUACAAAGUUCAUUUCUCUCACAUUAUUCCUGGUUCCGUUUUAUUGGAGACAAAGUGUAUUACACUUGAUUGCCGUGUUUAUUUUACUGUACAUGAUGCAUCACACAGAAGCUCCUUUGAAAACAUUCUGUGCAGAGAAGUAUCAGAGAGGAUUAUUACAUUUAUUGGGAGGAAAAUAGAACAGUCUUCAACUAUUGUAAAAUACUGAAUCUUGUCUGAAAGUCCUUGAACAACAUUCUUUUUGAAGAUUUACCUACAACAAUCAUGUUAAACUGCAGCAACAAUUUGCCAAGUUCUGAAGAUCAAAUGAAAGCAGGGAGACCAGAAUUGAAUGCAGUAUUCCAAAAGUGGCCGAACCAAUAUCGUGUACAGCUGCAACAUGACAUCCCAACUCCUGUACUCAGUGCACUGACUAAUAAAGGUCUCAGUAAUGGUGAAGUUGCCCUUAUGGUGAUCCUCAAUAUUGUAGCAAUUGCCACAUAUGCUAUCUUCUUUGAGCUUUGGAACUAUUUACACAAUAAUAUUUUAAAUGACUCAAUCAGGGAGAAGACUCUGUUGGUCCUUGGCAUAUUCCCUGUAACAACUAUUGCCUACCAACUGGGGAUGUUUGUUCCCCGAGCUGGAACUUUGGUUGACUUUGUGGCAGCAGUUUAUGCGUGCAUAGCUUUGUUUGGUUUCUUCCACCUUGCAAUAAAUUACCUUGGUGGAGUAACCGAAGCCAUUGACAAGCUGCAGUAUGUGGACGCUGCUCUGAAUGUUGGGCCUUGUUGCUGUUGCUGCAUGUGUCUUCCAAAAGUCCGAAUAAACAGAAAAGCUUAUAGAAUCCUUCGAAUUGGCAUCUUGCAGACUUUGAUUCUACAACCUUUGCUUCAAUUCAUUUCAACAGUCUUGUGGGCAGAUGGAAAGUUUGAUAGCGGAGAGGUAAAUCCAAGCAAUCCCUUAUUUUAUAUCAAGAUCACGCUGAACAUAUCUGCUCUAUUGUCAUUAUACGUAUUUAACUUGUCAUUGAAGGCUGCAUUUGGAAUUGCAGAAGCAGGCUAUCAUCUCAAAGCCAAAUAUGCAAUUAUAAUUAUCUAUACCAUCCUCAGCAAUCUGCAGCCAUUGAUUCUAGAAUGUCUUGCAACGUAUAAUGUCAUUCCCUGUGUGGCUCUAUAUCCCUCAAAAGACAGAGCAUCAAAAAUAGACCACCAUGUAAAGAUCCUGGAAAUGUUUAUCUUGCUUCUUGUCUCCAGAAAGUAUUAUCGCAAACAAAUGCCAGACUCAACUCCGCUUUAUUUUGAAAAUCCACUUCAUACUAUGCCUUGAUUUGAUGUUUUUAAUAAUAGGUCAAAUUAUGUUUGCUGUCUAUAAAUUAGUUAUUUUCAAAAAAGGAAACUUACAGGGACAUAUGGAAUUAAAUUCUAUGAGAUUUAUCUGCAUAAUGUGUGGGAUUGACUUUUGAUAUUUCAUAAUGUCGCACAAAAUGUACUUUCUCAGUGUUAUUGCCAAGACAAUAAAAAGGAGAAACCUUGAAAAAAAACAA